AUGAGUCGUCUCUUUAGUAGCCAUAUUAUAUUACUUACUGCGCUGAUAUGUCUGUCCCUGAUAACCUAUACUGUUGCGUUCCAAACGGCACCAAUCAGUCGAUCCCCUGCAAAGCCAUCCACCACGCUCUUUGCCAAGUCAGGAACGAAAAAGAAGAAGCCCAAUGAUGGCACAAUUGCUCGCAAUCGACAAGCUCGGAGGAACUACGAAAUCCUUGAGACGCUUGAAGCUGGGAUUGUUCUGACGGGUACUGAAGUCAAGAGCAUACGCGAUGGAAAAAUGAUCAUUAAUGAAGCCUUUAUCAAAACAUCCUAUGAUGGGAAAUCCUGUACCUUGAUGAAUUGCCAUAUUGGAAAACACACCAUGAGUGGGGAAUACUUCCAACAUGAAGAAAAGCGACCUAGACCAUUGUUACUACACAAGGCACAAGCACUCAAACUGAAGCAAAAGACGGAUCAAAAGGGAUUGACAAUUGUUCCAUUGAAGGCCUACUUCAACAAGGACAAUCGUGUCAAGCUUGAGAUUGCCCUCGUCAAGGGAAAGAAUGUUCGGGACAAACGAGAUGACAUUAAGAAUCGUGAUUUGAAGCGAGAAACUGAUCGCAUCAUCAAGAGCUUUAGAAUAUAA